GACAAAAGCUUGCCCUCUCCAUUAUUUAAUGGGUACCAAACAGAUGACACACACAGACAAAAACCCUAGUGUAUUUUUUUUGGAGUAGAAAGGAUGAAGGAGAAAGGAAGAGAUGAACAGUGCCCACUCUGAACUGCAUCAUCCAUGGCGAUUGCUCGAUCAUGGCCAUCCCUUUCACUGCUUCUCUGGGCUAGAGUUUCAGGCCUCCUGGUUGCAAUGCUGGUGCUUUCAUGGGCGCUAGGGUUUCGGGAGAGCUUUCUUUCACCAGCCGAAGAAUCUCACAUCUAUGCUGUCCUUCAUCCACUGUUAAUGGUGAUCGGUUUCAUAGUCCUCAGCGGAGAAGCCAUUUUGGUGCACAAGGCAUCGGGGGAGUGGAGCAUGAGCUCGAAGAAAACGGUGCACCUUUCACUCCAAGGAGUGGUACUCGGCCUUGGAGUAUUUGGGGUGUGGACUAAAUUCCAAGGGUUCAAUGGGUGGGUGGGGAACUUGUACAGUCUGCACUCUUGGAUGGGCUUCAUCUGCCUCUUCCUCUUUGCAGCUCAGUGGGUGGUUGGGUUCUUGAACUUCUGGCACAGGGGGGUUGAAGGGCGUUUGGUACGCGCAGUAGUGCUGCCAUGGCACAUAUUCCUGGGCCUCUACACCUAUGCCUUGGCCGUGGUCACUGCUGAAACAGGCUUAUUGGAGAAGCUUACUUUCCUCCAAAAUAAUCACAUUAAUACCAACAAACGCUCCAUUGAAGCUCUCCUUGUCAAUUCCUUGGGUCUCCUUCUUGCUCUACUUUGUGGUAUUAUUAUUCUUGCUGCCAUUUCCUCUCCCAAAAGCAGACACAAACACAAACACAAUAUACAUUUAGACAGUGUGUAUACUAAAUCCAAUGGGGCUUUUACUGUCUUUGAUCCUGUUUUGAUGACCAUAGCUAUGUUAGCAUACAAGACAGUGUCAGGUACAAGAAGUUUCCGAAAGGCAGUGCAUCUUGUUCUCCAAGCCCUUGCUCUUUGUCUGAGCUUAAUUGGCUUUUGGGCUGCCUUUAAAUUUCACAAUGACAAGGGAAUUGACAAUUUCUACAGUCUACAUUCAUGGCUAGGCUUGGCUUGCCUCUCUUUGUUCAGCAUUCAGUGGUGCAUCGGAUUUGUAACCUUUUGGUACCCUGGUGGUGCAAGGAAUACCAGAGCUACUCUGCUUCCAUGGCAUGUAUUUUUGGGCAUUUAUAUCUAUGGUUUGGCUAUUGCUACCGCUGCUACUGGUAUCUUAGAGAAGCUUACCUUUCUUCAAGUGAACAAUGUCAUAUCCCGAUACUCUACGGAGGCAUUACUGGUCAAUUUGUUAGGGAUCUUAAUUGUAGGCCUUGGUGGCAUUAUCAUAUUGGCUGUGGUUUCCCCUUCUAUUCAUAAGGGGGAUCCAUUUCGAGCUUCAGAGUAAGUUGGCAUUUUGAUGAGCAAUCUGAUCGACCACUGAUUCGGGUCGAGUAAAGCUCCUUUGGCUAGAGAUUGUUUGAUUUUUAAUGUGGGUUAUGUUUCAAGAGUUUAACAAUUUUAGUUUUGUUAUUGAUCGGUUUCUUCCUGUCUAAUAGAUUGAAUCUGAAAGAUAAAUAAAGUAAAUUACUUAAGGGUGUGGUUUC